GCCGGGCGGGCUGGCGGGCGGCCGGGCGGCGGCAUGGCGGAGACGAGCGGGGCCGAGACGAGGCCCCAGAUUCGGGUCACCGUCAAGACCCCCAAGGACAAGGAGGAGAUCGUGAUCUGCGAUCGAGCCUCGGUGAAGGAGUUCAAGGAGGAAAUCUCCCGGAGGUUUAAGGCUCAGCAGGAUCAGCUGGUCCUGAUCUUCGCAGGCAAGAUCCUCAAGGAUGGAGACACACUGAACCAGCACGGGAUCAAGGAUGGACUCACGGUCCAUCUGGUCAUCAAGACCCCUCAGAAGGCACAAGAUCCAGUGGCUGCUACGGCUUCUCCCCCAUCCACUCCAGACUCCGCCUCUGCACCCUCCACCACACCUGCCUCACCUGCCGCCCCUGCCCAGCCCUGCAGCUCCGGCAGCACGGCUGAUGCCAGCAGUGGAGGGGGGACCACCCCAGUGGCUUCAGAGGGGCCCCCCAGUGCUACUGCAUCAAUUCUCUCUGGCUUCGGGGGCAUCCUUGGCCUUGGCAGCUUAGGCCUGGGCUCUGCCAACUUCAUGGAGCUACAGCAGCAGAUGCAGAGGCAGCUCAUGUCCAACCCUGAGAUGCUGUCCCAGAUCAUGGAGAACCCCUUGGUCCAGGAUAUGAUGUCCAACCCCGACCUGAUGCGUCACAUGAUCAUGGCUAACCCCCAGAUGCAACAGCUGAUGGAGAGGAACCCCGAGAUCAGCCACAUGCUCAACAACCCCGAGCUCAUGAGGCAGACAAUGGAGCUUGCUCGGAAUCCAGCCAUGAUGCAGGAAAUGAUGCGGAACCAGGACCGGGCCCUCAGCAACCUGGAGAGUGUCCCGGGAGGGUACAACGCCCUCCGCCGCAUGUACACUGACAUCCAGGAGCCCAUGUUUGCUGCUGCCCGGGAACAGUUUGGCAACAACCCCUUCUCUUCCCUGGCCGGGAACUCCGAGAACUCAUCCUCCCAACCUCUUCGGACUGAGAAUCGAGAGCCCCUCCCUAACCCCUGGAGCCCCUCGCCCCCCACCUCCCAGGCCCCCGGGUCCGGUGGGGAGGGCACCGGAGGAUCGGGGACCAGCCAGGUGCACCCGACAGUCUCGAACCCCUUUGGGAUCAAUGCGGCUAGCCUGGGGUCAGGGAUGUUCAACAGCCCCGAAAUGCAGGCGCUCCUCCAGCAGAUCUCUGAAAACCCCCAGCUCAUGCAGAACGUGAUCUCGGCCCCUUACAUGCGCACCAUGAUGCAGACGCUUGCCCAGAACCCUGACUUUGCUGCUCAGAUGAUGGUGAACGUUCCACUGUUUGCGGGGAAUCCACAACUUCAGGAGCAGCUCCGCCUGCAGCUCCCCGUGUUUCUGCAGCAGAUGCAGAACCCAGAGUCUCUCUCCAUCCUCACCAAUCCCCGGGCCAUGCAAGCCUUGCUGCAGAUCCAGCAGGGACUGCAGACACUCCAGACUGAAGCCCCUGGGCUGGUACCCAGCCUUGGCUCCCUUGGGACAUCCCGGACUCCGGUCCCCUCGGCAGGCAGCAACUCUGGGUCUGCGGCCGAGGCCCCCACCUCUUCCCCGGGCAUGCCAGCCACGUCUCCUCCCACAGCGGGUUCCAGCGCCCAGCAGCAGCUCAUGCAGCAGAUGAUCCAGCUUUUGGCUGGGAGUGGAAACUCACAGGUGCCGAUGCCAGAAGUGAGAUUUCAGCAGCAACUGGACCAGCUCAACUCCAUGGGCUUUGUCAACCGUGAAGCCAACCUACAGGCCCUGAUUGCCACAGGAGGGGACAUCAACGCAGCUAUUGAGAGACUCCUGGGGUCUCAGCUCUCCUGAUCCCUGGGCCUGUGCCUCCUGCCUUCCCCGCCUCUCAGCACCAGCCUUUGGCUCCUCUGUCAAGCCCUACCCUCCAUAGCCUGUCUUUGACCUCUACGAACAGCAGGGUGACUUCAGAGGCGCGGGCUCAACCCGUAGCUCUGUCCAAGGAGUUUGAUUUUGUCACUGUCUCAUGAAAUCCUCUCUCCUGGUCUUCUCUGAGCAGAGCUAUUUAGUUUGCACAGUUGCGUCCAUUG